AAUUUUUUAUUGUAUCUUAUACUAAUCCCUAGCUGCACUGCAUCAGCAAGUACACACACAACACACACGUAUCCGUGCGUGUGUGUGUAGAGCAUAUAUAAAUGAAGGGCUCAAAUCCAUUAUUUCCAUGCAGUGUUCCAAGCUAGUCACACUUCUUCUUAGUUCUUAGUCCUUGCACUUUUUUUUUUCUUCAAUUUUUUUUUAUUAAUUAGAUUUCAUCAGUUUAGAUACAUAUGGCUAUUGAUCAGCACAAAGAUGUUGAAGAUGGCCUUGCUCAGCCCUUCAUUGAGCAAGCGAAACGCGUCGAUUCAGACGAGGAAAAUGGAUCGAUUUGGAUGGUGUUGCUGAGUACUUGUGUUGCUGUUUGUGGAUCAUUUGAGUUUGGAUCAUGUGUGGGAUAUUCUUCACCUACUCAAUCAGCUAUAAGAGAGGACUUAAAUCUAUCUCUAUCUGAGUUCUCUAUGUUUGGAUCCAUAAUCACCAUUGGAGCUAUGAUUGGAGCUGUCACAAGCGGUAGACUCGCAGAUUACAUUGGUCGAAAAGGGGCAAUGAGAAUGUCAGCUGUUUUCUGCAUCACAGGAUGGCUGGCUGUCUAUUUCGCCGUGGAAGCUCUGUUUCUUGAUGUUGGGAGGUUCUGCACUGGCUAUGGCAUAGGAAUAUUCUCCUAUGUGGUUCCUGUCUUCAUUGCUGAAAUCGCGCCCAAGAAUCUCCGCGGAGGGCUUGCAACGUUGAAUCAGCUUAUGAUUGUCUGUGGAGCAUCAACUGCAUACAUUGUUGGAUCAGUUGUAACAUGGAGAACAUUAGCCUUAACUGGGCUCAUCCCUUGUCUUUUACUUCUUGUUGGCCUAUUCUUCAUCCCGGAAUCGCCUAGAUGGCUGGCGAAAGUUGGCCGGAAGAAAGAGUUUGAGUCAGCAUUGCGCAGGCUUCGUGGCAGGAAUGCUGAUAUAAUGCAAGAAGCAAAUGAAAUUCAAGCCAGCAUCGACGUUCUACUAGAUCAACCUAGAGUCAGAAUACUGGACUUGUUCGACCCCAAAUACAUACGUCCAGUCACUGUUGGUGUAGGAUUGAUGGUCUUUCAGCAGUUUGGAGGGAUAAAUGGGAUUGGUUUCUAUUCUAGUGAAACAUUUGUAGCUGCAGGUUUCUCUUCAGGAAAAGCUGGGACAAUUGCAUAUGCCAUAAUUCAGGUCCCUAUAACUAUGCUUGGAGCAGUACUAAUGGAUAAAUCAGGAAGAAGGCCUCUUCUCAUUAUAUCAGCAGCAGGAACAUGCCUUGGAUGCAUCAUGACAGGGGCUUCAUUUUUCCUUAAGGAUCAAUCUCUCCUGCCUCAAUGUGUCCCAUUUCUUGCUGUCUCUGGAGUACUGGUGUACAUAUCCGCGUUCUCUAUAGGGACGGGGCCAGUUCCCUGGGUCGUCAUGUCAGAGAUUUUUCCAAUUCAUAUAAAAGGUGUAGCAGGGAGCCUAGUAGUUUUGGUGAACUGGUUAGGUGCAUGGUUAGUUUCCUACACCUUCAACUACAUGAUGAGCUGGAGUUCAGCUGGUACAUUUUCGAUCUAUGCUGCAUUUUGCGCGCUGACAAUACUGUUUGUGGCCAAGAUCAUGCCUGAGACAAAGGGGAAGACACUGGAAGAAAUUCAGGCCUCUCUCAGGUCAUGAAAAUGAAGCCAAAAAAGUCGAAAAACACAAGGAAAAUAGCUACAAAUAUUAGUUCAGACAAGUCUCUUGUGGUUUUGAAACAAAGCCAACUGCAUGUCAUGACUCCUCAAGGAUAAUUUGAUCUGUUUCUGAGUUGGCUGAGUGUGUUGGCUUUGUUGCUGGCUUCAAAAAUGGAGAAAUUUAUGCUCGAAAACGCGGUGUGGACAGAGAUGAGAUGCAAGCUCCAAGAUUAUUUUCUAGUGUUUGAUGCAGGCAGAAUUUCUCCAUAUGGCAGAUAAUUUAGUUUUAUUUUAUGUAAUAGUCUCUGAUUUUUCUUUCUUCUUCUUCUACCCAUUAUUCAUUUUUGUAAGCAAGAAAUGAGAUCAUGUAAUAAAUGGUAUUGGAUUAUAAUGUGUAUGAUGAUUUAAUAGAUGUGGUAAGAUUGCCAUGUGA